AUGGAUUAUAGGAGUAGGAUAUGCACUUUCACUCAAAGAGAGGAUACUGCUGCAGGUGGAUACACAGGUGAUAAAAAUAGUGAUGAAUUAGAAGAUAUCUAUGAGAGCUUAGCUAGUAAUUCUCAACAAAAGGCAGUGAGAGGUCGAAGAGCUGCUGUGCAUGAAAUUAGCACACAAUCUGAGUUGAUAACACAAGUGGCUGAAUUGACUAAACAGAUGAACUUGUUGAUGACUCGUGAUAGUUCGAAUAGAGAAUUUUGUUCUUAUUGCAAUACAUAUGGUCAUAAUUCUUCUGUUUGUAUGAAUGCAGAGUCAUCACAACCAUCUUAUGAGGAAGCUAAUUACAUGGGAUCCAACAUGGGUAGGCAACAACCAAGAAAUGAUCCAUUUUCUAAUACAUAUAAUCCAGGUUGGCGAAAUCACCCUAACUUCUCAUGGAGAGAUCAAGGUAAUGCAAGACCAAUGGGACCACCCGGAUUUCAGCAACAGGGACCAUCAGGAUUCCAACAUCAGCAAUACAGACCUUCCCAGCAGCCACCUGCAACACAACAGUCUCAACUUCCUGCUCAGGAGAAGAAGCCUCAAUUGGAGGAGAUGUUUAUGCAAUACAUGGCUAGCCAGGACACUAUGAUGAAGAAAAUGGAUGCAAAAAUUGAUAAGUUUGCUCAGUCUAGCCAAGCAUCCAUUCAUAAUUUAGAGGUGCAAGUAGGUCAGUUGGCUAAAUUGGUUGCAGAAAAAGAUCGAGGUAAGUUUCCUAGUACCACUGAAAUAAACCCUAGGGAAGGAGCUAUGGCUGUCACAUUGAGAAGUGAUAAGAUAUUGAAUGAAAUUGAUCAAAACCUCAAUUCCUCUAUAGUAAAACCUUAUGUACCCCCCAUUCCAUAUCCACAAAGGUUACAAAAGAGGAACCAGGACAAUAACUUAAAAAGAUUUUUAGAGGUUUUUAAAAAAUUGCAAAUUAAUAUUCCUUUUGCAGAAGCACUUGCCAAUAUGCCAUCUUAUGCCAAGUACAUUAAGGAAAUUGUAUCUAAUAAAAAGAAAUUGGAAGAGUUUGCUACUGUGCACCUAAAUGAGGAGUGUAGUGCUGUUUUGCAAAGCAAAUUACCGCCUAAGCUAAUGGAUCCAGGAAGUUUUUCUAUUCCUUGCACUAUUGGUAAUACUGUUAUUGAUAAAUGCUUGUGUGAUCUAGGUGCCAGUAUUAACCUUAUGCCUUUAACUCUUUUUAAGAAGUUGGAAAUAGCUGAAAUGAAGCCAACAACAAUCUCUCUUCAACUUGCUAAUAGAUCAGUCAAGUACCCGCUUGGAGUAGUGGAGGAUAUAUUGGUAAAAGUUGGUAAAUUUUAUUUUCCUUCUGAUUUUCUGAUUCUUGAUAUGGGUAGUGACACAGAUACAUCUCUUAUACUUGGUUUUGGCGCAGCAGUAAGGAAAGAAGAGAGGGAUGAAGGCUUAGGUUAUAUAUUGGGCGUACGGCAGCAGAGACGUACGGGACGGAACGGGAAAAACAGGGAAAAGGAGAGCUUGGGAGCGAAGCAGCAGUUCGGCGAAGGAAUUCAAGACUCCGCGAGGAAUUUCCUAGCUUCAAUCGCAGCUAUCAUCUUUUAG